GGUAAAACAAAGGAAAGACUGGUGAAACGGUGCGUGGCAACCCGCGAUCAGUAUCACGCGCUCCUUUAUCUGCGCAUUACUGCCUGCGUCCCCAAUUAUGGCGAACAAUGCUAUGUCGGCGAGCCGGCUCCGUAAGCAUCAUCAUUUCCUUCAAGUCAUCCCCGACUGCGCAGCCCUUACGGAACCAGAUCCGUUCCCAUAAAUGUCAAUUUCUUUUCCUUCUCGGGAACACCGUUCUCACAACUCCAAUUGCUCCCGCAGUUGCCAAUCACACACAUCAAUACAUUGCACAAGCCAAACGAAAGAAAGACUAUCAACACAUAUACAUCACAAAUGCACUCCAAUCACGAUUCCCAGAUAGUAAUGGCGGGAGGUCCACUGAAAGCUACGAAACACCUCCAACAACGAUUUGGCGCAUUGCGCUCUUUACAUCAUCAUCAAUCAUCAUUUUUUUGAAUAUAUUUUUGGUUUUUUUUCUUCCUUGGUGAGCAAAGUGCAUCGCGGAGCGCUCUGCAGCUCGCCGUGCGGGAGCCUGUCGAAAAGAUCCGCACAUCCGGGGCAUUAUGCCGCUGGCCUAGACAAAAAGUCAUUCAUCCAAAUUACGGCGGUUGCGUCGAUAAGAUCUCCAAUGUCCGGGAAACACGUUCAUCGAACACCAUAGUAGGAUGCUCAAGCCGAAGUUUCUCAAGGAUGCCAACAAUCUUGCUAACGUCAACACCUAAUGGCAGGGCUACCACUGCGCGCAGGUACG